UUGGUCAGUAGCGGUUGCUUAGCAACUGCGUCUGCUUUCAGUAAUAAAGAUUUGGGUGGACUGCGUGUGCAAUUGUGCAUUAUGUUUAUAAGAAAGUGUGUACCUUCCUUCGUUUUCGCGAUUCUUAGCUUUGUUUCAGCGUUUGCUGUCGAGAUCGACGAAAAUGGGUACAUUCUUUAUUGUCCGUGCAUGGGUAGAUUCGGCAACCAGGCUGACCAUUUCUUAGGAGCUUUAGGUUUUGCGAAAGGUCUGAAUAGGACUCUUGCACUACCACCAUGGGUUGAAUACCGGUACGGAGCACCGCGGUCGAUACAGGUUCCAUUUGACACAUACUUUGAAGUGGAGCCUCUGCGCAAAUAUCACAGAGUUAUAACCAUGGAAGAAUUUAUGGACAAACUUGCACCUAAGAUCUGGCCUCCAGAGAAGAGAACAGUGUUUUGCUACUCUCAAAGAGGAAACAAUGUUGGAUGUAAUGCAAAGGAAGGAAAUCCCUUUGGACCAUUUUGGGAUACCUUUGGUGUUGAUUUUGUUGCCUCACAGUAUUAUGGACCACUGCAUUUUGAUGUCUACCAUCAUGAUAUGGCAAAUUCCUGGAACACGAAGUUCCCACCAAAAAAAUGGCCAGUGAUGGCAUUCAUGGGGGCACCAGCCAGUUUUCCAAUUCAGAAAGAAAACCGAGAGCUCCACCAAUAUUUGUUCUGGAAUGAAAGAGUUUUGAAUAAAGCCAAAAGGUUCAUUAAGAAUGUCCUUCCAAGAGGAGGGUUCAUUGGAAUUCAUUUAAGAAAUGGUGUUGACUGGGGUAAUGCAUGUAAACAUGUUAAACACAGUCCCAAGCUAUUUGCAGCCCCACAGUGUCUUGGGUACAAUAAUGAAAGAGGAGUGGCUACAAAUGAAAUGUGCAUGCCAUCAACAGAAACUGUCAUUAGACAGCUUAAAAGAGUAAUCCGAGGAAUGAAGGAUGUAGCAUCAGUAUUUGUGGCUUCAGAUAGUAAUCACAUGUUGCCUGAACUACGAACAGCAUUGAAGAGGAUGGAGAUUGAAGUUCAUAAACUGGAACCACCAAAUCCUCAUGUGGAGCUGGCAAUACUUGGACUUUCGAACCAUUUCAUUGCCAAUUGUAUUUCAUCAUUUUCAUCGUUUGCAAAGCGUGAACGAGAUGCUCGUGGUUAUCCUUCAUCAUUUUGGGCAUUUCCACCAGAACGAUCUCGCAAUGCUAGUAAAGGACAUGAUGAGUUAUAAGGAAUCAGACAGGUGGUCACUGAUAAGUGUUUCAAUUUGUUCUUGAUUGCCAGGUUUUACAGUAAUACAGGAUGACGACAAACAUUAGGUGAUGGACGCAAAUGUUCAGUCAUUUCCUUGUAUCAUUUGAAAUACAAUAAGAGGACAAAAAAAAUGCUUGAUGAUAAAAAUUUGCAUCCAGUCAUCUAAAAACUCACAUCAAGGAUAGAAAUAGUGAUGCUGCUGUUAAGUCUCGUGUAUGUGUUUCCACCAGAAAUUACCAUGACUGUAAGUUCUGUAUUUGUUAUACUCUUCCAAGAAAGAUGUUUCAUAUUAACGUGUUAUUCUCACAACAGUACAGUGUGUUGUCACAGAAUCACAAUUGUUUUUGUGAUUAUGUAUUAAGUGUUUCAGAGAGAGAGAGAGAGAGAGAGAGAGAGAGAGAGAGAGG